AUGAAGAUAAGGCAAUCCAUUAAUCAAAUAAGUGAGUUAGAAGAUACAAAUGGUAAUAUCAUUAUGGAUCAAGAAAAAAUUUCAGCUGAACUGGUCAAGUACUUUGAAAACAGAUUUCAGUAUAAGGAAGUAAACAUUGUAAAAUCAUUACUUGAUAUUGUUCCCAAUUUAAUCAUCUCUGAAGGUCAAGAUAUGUUGGAUGCUACUCCAACAACAGAAGAAAUUAAAGCUAUUGUGUUUUCAAUUGAUGCAAAUAGUUCUCUUGGCCCAGGUGCAAAAACAGCUGCUCAUUUCAGACCAAUAGGUUUAAGCAAUGUCAGUUUCAAGAUUAUAACAAAGUUAAUCACUUUAAGAAUGAGUACUUUAAUGAAUAAUCUUGUAUCUCCUCAGCAGACUGCUUAUAUCAAAGGAAGAAAUAUACAAGAACAAGUCUUACUAGCAUCUGAAAUGGUAAAUGAAAUGAAGAAAAAAAGGAGGGGAAAUGUAGAACUUAAACUAGACAUAUCUCAAGGAUAUGAUGCAGUCAGCUGGGAAUUCUUCAUGCAAGUGCUUCUUAAGUAUUGGUUUUCCUUAAAUGGUUACUAA